GGAGAGGAAGAGUCAAAACUCAUACCCCACGAAGCAUGAAAAACUAGCUCAAGAAAACAGAGAAACCCUUGUCUACUAAACUCUAAGAAUGUAUGCUUGGUUUAAAGAUUUGUAUUGGUUGAUUUGUUGAUGCAAAUCCUUCGUUUUUGUACCCAUCAAAAAGAUGAGCAGCAACCAACAUGGAAACACAACAACAACAACAGACCUAUCAGCAAGAAGGUCGCCAACCCCUCAACAUGGGUUCUCCUUCUUUGACUCUAUUUCUUAUCGUUGGAAUUCUUUGUUUCAGAAUCAAAAGAAUAAAUUCCAUAUAGAAGAAGAAGAAGAAGAAAGAUCUGCAUUUAUUAAGAUGACAGAUGGAGGUCCAAGGUAUACUGUCGAUGACGCCAUUCUGGCCAUGGGGUUUGGAAAAUUUCAAUACCUCGUGCUUCUCUAUGCUGGCAUGGGUUGGGUUUCAGAAUCCAUGGAGAUGAUGAUUUUAUCAUUUGUAGGACCAGCAGUUAAGUCUGAUUGGGAUCUUACUUCUCAGCAAGAGAGUCUAAUAACCAGUGUGGUUUUUGCUGGCAUGCUGAUUGGAGCAUAUUCAUGGGGUGUAGUUUCCGACAGAUGUGGAAGAAGGAAAGGUUUCUUGGUUACAGCAAUAAUUACUUUUGGAGCUGGUUUUUUAAGUGCUUUUUCCCCAAACUAUAUCACAUUGCUUAUUUCUCGUUGCUUGGUUGGUCUUGGUCUUGGGGGUGGUCCUGUACUCUUAGCUUGGUUUUUGGAGUUUGUACCAGCACCAAAUAGAGGUGCUUGGAUGGUGAUUUUCUCAGCAUUCUGGACAUUUGGAGCAAUCUUUGAGGCUGCGCUAGCAUGGAUUAUCAUGCCUAGAUUAAAUUGGAGGUGGCUGCUGGCGCUAUCUGCUCUGCCUUCAUUCCCUCUCCUUUUAUUUUAUUUCAUGACACCAGAAUCACCAAGGUAUUUUUGCUUGAAAGGCCAGAAAAUUGAUGCCCUCAGCGUCUUGAACAAAAUUGCCAAACAAAAUGGAAAAGAAUUGCCUCUCGGUGUUCUUGCUACAGAUAAUGAAAUCGAGGCACAAGGAAUAAAGAAUCUUUCCACAGAAGGCACAGAAGAAGUUGCUAUUCCUUCUGCCACUCCUCUUAACUGGAAGGAUUCUGACAUGGGGGUCUUAAAAUCCCUGUUAAUGCUUCUUUCACCAAAACUGAUUAGGUCAACCGUGCUUUUAUGGGUGGUAUUCUUUGGGAAUGCGUUUUCAUACUAUGGCCUUGUGUUGCUGACAACCGAGCUGAACAAUAGGAGCAAUACAUGCCAUCACACUAAAGCGCAGUCACAGGGGUCUUCUGAUGUAGAUUACAAAGAAGUUUUAAUCGCUAGUUUUGCAGAGUUUCCGGGGCUCAUCGUGUCAGCUCUCAUAGUUGAUAGGAUUGGUCGUAAGCUUUCAAUGGCGGUAUUGUUCUUUGUGAGCUGCAUCUUCCUGCUGCCAUUGGUAGUCCAUCAGUCACUAAGUGUCACAACAGUUCUUCUCUUUGGUGCUCGAAUAUGUAUCACAGGAACCUUCACCAUCGUCUUUAUAUACGCUCCAGAGAUAUACCCAACAUCAGUGAGAUCAACAGGCAUUGGAGUUGCAAGUUCGAUGGGAAGAAUUGGAGGGAUGAUUUGCCCGCUUGUGGCAGUAAGUCUGGUGCAAGGAUGUCAUCAGACAGCAGCACUUAUUCUUUUCGUGUGCAUAAUAUUUGUAGCAGGAUGCUGCGUUAUGCUGUUUCCGUUUGAGACCAAAGGCCUUGAACUGACUGACAGUAUAUCUAGUACAAAAAACGAAAAACCUAAGGCUGUGCUGUGAAACAAGAAGAGCCUUAGCUUGAUCUGUCAGAUAAGUCCUCCCUAACAUAUUAAGGCUGUGAAAAAGGGCGAGACCAUUGCUUUAUGUAUGAACUUAAUUUUAUUUUCAGGGAGACUCUUCCUUCCUUUGUACAGUGUUUAAUUAUUAAGAGUAAAGAUACAAUCUUUGUAAUUUGGCAAGUAUAUUGCUUGGUGGAUUCUACAAUUGCAUUUAUUGCAAUAACCUUGUUUGUUACUUGUAAGAUAUAUAAUAACAAAAUUGUAAUAAAAAAUACAUC